UUCAUGUAGCCGUAGCAACCACAGCGAUCAGGAAACAAGUGCCGUAGUUUCCUCGCAGACGUGAACGCGCUUCCUUGAGAAUAACCCUGGAUACCAAACAUCAGUGCUUAUCUAAUGCUGAGUACAUGAUCUUACACUCCUCUAGUCACUAGUUUGUCCACCAGAGGGCACUCUACAACCUCCCUGUUUGCAACACUCGUGUAUAACGGGUCGCACAUCCUGCAACCUGCUGAUCCAGCGAGUCGGGCAGAGAGAACAACGGUUAAGUAAGUUCAUGGCAGAACCUCUGGAAGCACAUUUUCAAUACUCGCCUAAUAACAGCAGAUCUGUUGCCAUGGUGGAUAUCAGUAAGUGGCCUCUCUUCACCCUGUUAGAUGCGCAGGAGCUCGCCUCCAUCCGUCAGGCUUGCAUCUUUGGGGCAUCUGCAAAUGAGGCCAUCUACAUCACCCAUGAUGAUGAAGUGUAUGUUUUGGGUGUGAACUGCAGUAAUUGUCUCGGUACUGGAGACAGUCAAAGUUCAAUUGUCCCUAAAAAGCUGGACUCUCUGAGCGGAAAGAAGGUGGUCAAUCUGAGCUACGGCAGUGGACCGCAUGUUCUGCUGAUAACCGAAGAGGGUGAGUUGUAUGCAUGGGGGCAUAAUGGGUACAGCCAGCUGGGCAAUGGGACAACCAAUCAAGGUGUGUCACCUGUCCUGGUGUCAACUAACCUGCAGAACAAGAGGGUGACAGAGAUUUCCUGUGGCUCUCACCACUCUUUAGCUUUGACCCAUGACGGUGAGGUGUUUGCAUGGGGGUACAACAAUUGCGGUCAGGUGGGUUCAGGAUCCACCGCCAACCAGCCGACGCCCCGCAAAGUGUCCAGCUGUCUUCAGAACAAAGUGAUGGUCAGUAUAGCCUGUGGACAGACCUCUUCUAUAGCCGUGGCAGAUAAUGGUGAGGUUUAUGGGUGGGGUUACAAUGGAAACGGCCAGCUGGGAUUGGGCAACAAUGGGAACCAGCUGACACCAUGUCGCUUAGCCGCUCUGCAAAACCACUGUGUGCUGCAGAUUGCCUCAGGUUACGCCCAUUCUCUAGCACUGACAGAUGAGGGUCUGCUGUUUGCGUGGGGGGCAAACGCAUAUGGUCAGCUGGGCACUGGAAACAAGAGCAACCAGCUCAGCCCUGUUCAGGUCAUGACUGAGAAAGAAAGGAUCGUGGAAAUCGCCGCCUGCCAUUCCACGCACACCUCUGCCGCGAAAACCCAAAGCGGUCAAGUGUACAUGUGGGGGCAGUGCCGUGGACAGCCUAUCGUACUGCCACACCUCACGCACUUCACCAGCACGGAUGACGUGUUUGCAUGCUUUGCCACACCCUCUGUGACUUGGCGGCUGCUCACCAUGGAGCAUGAUGAUUUCCUCACGGUGGCCCAGUCACUUAAAAAAGAGUUUGACAACCCAGAGACCUCUGACCUUAAAUUCAGCAUCGACGGGAAGUACAUCCACGUCCACAAAGCUGUCCUCAAAAUCAGGUGCGAGCACUUUAGAUCCAUGUUCCAGUCUCACUGGAAUGAAGAUAUGAAAGAAGUAAUUGAGAUUGAGCAGUUUUCGUUCCCAGUUUACCGCGCUUUCCUUGAGUUCCUCUACACUGACAGUGUGGAUCUUCCUCCCGAGGAUGCCAUUGGUUUACUUGACUUGGCAACGUCGUACUGCGAAAACAGGCUGAAGAAGUUGUGUCAGCAUAUCAUUAAAAGAGGCAUCACUGUGGAGAACGCUUUCUCGCUUCUGUCUGCAGCCAUCAAAUAUGAUGCUGAGGAUCUAGAGGAGUUCUGUUUUAAAUUCUGUGUCAACCACUUGACUGCGGUCACGCAGACAACGGCCUUCUCGCAAGUCGACGGCAACAUGCUGAAGGCCUUCAUCUGCAGAGCCAGCCGCUGCGGAGCCUUCAAGAACUGACUAAGACGCCAUACAUGGCCAUCGUAUUAGCCAAGUGACCCAUCGGAGUCACCUUUACGGCUAGAGGGCGCUGUUACACCAGAUUUACUCGCAAGUUCUGUUGCCACAGUUAAAGGCUUUAAUGACGGAUAAACGUGCAUGGUAAUCUUAGUACAAUGGAGGAAAGUGCAACACUUUGUGCCUCACAGACUGAUUAGCUUUACAAGGGUCAGUAAGGGUAGCGUUCUUGUCAGGCACAAUACAGGGCACCUUCCUCCAAUGGGUUUAAUCUUAAUGUGCUACCUUUUUAAGAAAAGUAAGGAACUUUGGAAAGGUAAUGUUAUCCAAAGACUUUAUAGUGUUGUAAACAGGUGUAGUGUUUGCAUAAUAACAUUUUAGGGAGUUUGUUACUGUAUUACUCAGACAUACACCACUAAAAAUCAGACUUUUCGUUUGUCUUUUAUCUCAUUUCAUGGGUAAUACAAAAUGAUAUUGUUCUGUUGCAGUGAUGUGAUGCGGUGCAUCACAAAUAGAUUUUUUUAUUUCAUAUUUUGUUGUUGGCUGGGGCUGGUAAGCAUGCAUAUAUUAAAAUAGACUUAAUUGGCAUUGCCCCUCAAAUGUUAUUUUGUUUGCUUAAUGUUGGCACUGUAGUUUCAGACCACUUUCAACAGCAGUUUAGUUAUGUUUAGUUUAGGAUCACAGCUGGUUUAGCUGUGGAGUAUUAUAACUAUAUAAAAUAUUACAGAUAAGCAGUCUGAUGUUUAAUUAAUAAAUUAAAGUAUUAUUUUUAGUUGCACUAUUAAAUAGGUUUUUUUGUGCUGUUCAUAUAGAAGUUUGCUGAUGUAUACAUACCUACAUAGCACCUUAUUGAUGGUUGUGAAACGUUUAGGUUUCAUACUAUUAACACACAUGGUUUGCUUUUUUGUUAGAUAUUAAACAACAAUAACUCUGUUUGUCAUAUGUACAUACUGUACAGUUUUUGCAUUAGUUUUGUAAGAUAACCCGCACAUAAAGUGUGCCACAGUUUCUCUUGUAAGUUAAUAAAGACUUAAAAGGUAAAUAAAAUUGUUCCCAUA